CAGUUUAAGGUUCAGCCUGCUCCGGUACCUCUCAUGCGGUCAUUCUCGGAUCAGAGCAACCAACAUUCUUUAUGUCCAGGCAGAACAGCUCGCAAGUUUCCUCACUUCGCUUAUCCCUCUGUUCAUCCAAUCAACUGGACAAACCACAUGGACAUUACCAACAACACUCUCACAACAUUCGAGCUGAUAAAUCCCAAAGAAACUUACUUCAUAUGUGACGAACUCGAGUUGCAUAUAUACGCACGAAAUGGACGUAACGAGUCCAAACAAUAUGGCGGUGACUUAUUUCGAGCAAAGAUUUUCACCACAAAUUCAACUUACUCCGCUAGUUCGUCAACUGACGGUGAAAUUGUUGAUAAUGGGAAUGGAACAUAUAAUGCCUAUUUUACACUUAAAUGGACAGGCGUUAUCAGUAUAUCUGUAUCUUUGAUUUAUUCAAGUGAAGCUACAUAUGUUUUGGAUCGUAUACGCACUGAAAACCAGCCAAGAAUAGUGUACUUUGGCGCAUUCGAGUCCGAAAACAAAACCCAAAAGGAAGGUUUUUGCAAUAUUCAACUAAGAAGACCUAUGAAGGAGAAUGAAUUUUGUGACUUUACCGAUGAAACGACUGGUUCACCAUGGUUUUGUGAGAAGCCAGUUGGCUUCGGUUGUAGUGACUGGAAGAAACACAGGAUUGACGGAAAUAAAUGUGAAAAGCAAGCUAUACAGGUGACGAAUGCGACGGAAAGGGAAGCAUUUAAAGUAUCAAAAACACAGCUCACUGGUCCGGUAAAGACUCUAACAGUGAUCCAAGGGAACGCAACACAAGCCCUGGUGUCCACUGAUGAUCUACCCGUGUGUACACUAGGAUACAACAGCAAGCGACCAGAAAUUGCGGGAUAUUACGAUCAGGGCAAUUGGUUUUCACCUACCUGUCGGGUUCAUCGAUUCAGAGAUGUUGCUCAAAUAAAGAAAUGUUUCAGUAAUAGACAAUUGUUCUUCUUGGGAGAUUCUUCUAUACGCCAGCUACACGAGUAUUAUCUGAAAACGCUGAAGUUAUCAAUGUCUUUCUUAGGAGAAAAGGGGACUGGCUAUACGGGACCCGUUUCGGGUAAAGAUUUGAAGAACAAUAUAACAACAUUAUUUGCUUUUCACAAAUACCCUAUUGGCAAAACUACUUGGACUUGUGACAGAGAUUUGGAAUACAUUGCUACAAGAAUCGGCAAGAUUGCCAGCUCUGGGUCUCCUGUCGUCGUAGUUUCUGUGUGGGCUCAUUUUGAAUCUACUCCUCCUCUGUUUUACGAGAAAAGGGUGCGAGGAAUAGUAGCGGCCAUGGGAAGAUUGCUAGAUAGGAACAAACGCGCUGUGGUGUUAUUCAAGAGCGGCAACACACGACAACACACGACUUUCGGCCAACAUGCGUGUUGCAGUGAUUGGUACGCGAGAGGCAAUGAAGAGCGCAUGCGUAAGAUUAUCUUCCAGGAUAGCAGGAUUGGUUUCAUCGAUGCUUGGGAUAUGACGCAUGCGCAAUUGCAAGCUGAUAAUGCGCACCCAACGGGGUCCCAUAUCGUCAACAUGAACGACAAACUCCUUACGUUGUUAGGCUGUUCCUAAAUAAUGGAGUCGUUGUGGUCGAUAUCAUACCAUUGCAACUUUGUAAGCAUCCGUGACAAAGGAAAUGCGUAUAAAGGGGUGUUAUUUUAGAUUGAACGUGGUCCGCGCGGUGCCGCAUUAAGGGGUUACUACGUCCAUUUUGGGUCAAUUUAAAGAAAAAGGGUACUUUUUUAGAACGGUUCAAAAUCUAGGUAUUUUUCUAGCCCUCAGGGCCAGACCUACCAAGUCUCACGCCUAUAGCUGGUCAUAGAGAAACUUUAGUUCAUUACAGGGGCGGCGAUCCCGGGGGGACGGGGGGA